AUUAAAUCCGUUCAUCUGACGAUAUUGAUUAUAAAACUACAGAAGCGAAAUCGAAGUGAUGGAAUAUUUUGGCAAAUAUAUUUAACUGCCACUAGUUUUUUCCGUAAUUGCGUCAUAACUAUAAUUAAUUGCCAAUGUAGAUACUACCUAUUCGAUCAAUUGCCAACGCAGAAAGUGUCCGACACUUCUAGCCAGGUUCGAGCUGCUGAAUGAAAAGCAAAAGCGUUCGUUUUAAUCGUGGGAACCUGAUUCAUUUUUGGUGAAAGCAAGCUUUGCAUACUGGAUUUCGAAGAAAGCGAUUCGGCGAAAGUGACGGUCGAAACUUGCUCGGUCACAGAAUUUUGAUCGAUUCGGUACCCGCUUGUUCUCGUUAGUCGCCGGAUGACACGUGGUCCACGCGCGCAAAUCUCAUUCUCGUAUUAACAACUGCGUGGCCACGCACGCGCCCACACGUUCGCAUAAUCAUCCUCUUUCGUAAAGACGACAACCGCACAUUUUUACUAUCUUUCGUCCAUCCUCAACUAGCAAUCGUUCAGAAAUAUUUUAAGGGCAGGCACAAGAGUAAAUUGGAAACUGGCACGAUCUCAUUGGACUUUUGCAUGAAGUUGAUCUAAGAGCAAAGCGAUGAGAAUACCAUACGCAGGAAAUGAAAAGGAAAGGAAGAAGUCAUUAAUCUUCGAGUAAUCUUGACCGUAUCUAUCUAUAAAAGUUUAAACUCGAAAUACAAUCGAUGGAUGCCCCGCGCGUCGAUCAUGUUGCCCCGUUUUAAGAAGCGGAAGAGAACGCGUCAAACAAAUUGAAAUGCACUUGAGAAACGCGAUACGAAAUUAACAGAAAAAUAAAUAAAUCGCGAGUCAUAUUACGAUUCUACAGCAGAGAUACAUAUUUAAGCGUUUGGCAAAAGGGUUCCAAAAUCCGGGUUCACUGGUUGAUCAUGAAGUUUAUGUUAAUAAGACGUGAUUUUAUACACGAUCAAGAUCACGAUCGCCCGAGCUGAAAGUUUCGACCAGAAAGUUCACCUUUGAAGGGCGUGUUUCCACAUACGCUGCCACUAACAUUACGAAAGAAGUAAGAGUGUGAAAAAUGUCACUGGUCAACUAUAGCCUGCCGUAUCAUUCGGCGACGCCUACACCGUUCUUCUACGAGCAGAACGGAGGACAGGUAGUGAACAACCUUCGUCUGAACGCCGUGCUUCCGCCUGCUCCAGCUCCAAAUUUCAACGAGCAGGAAUCGUACCAAAACGAGCCGUACAUACCACCUCCCGGCUAUCAGCAACAGAGACAACGCCAGACGACGACAUACAAUCGGCAAAGAACGCCGAACUAUGUCGAACAUUCGUCCUUUUCCUCACAAGAUGCGCGUUAUUCGAAUUAUAAUCAAGAUUUCCGGAGGACGCAACCGAGACAGCAGCAACAGCAAAUGAGACCACCCCCGCCUUUGCCACAGCACGAGCAGCAGCAGCAGCAGCAGCAGCAGCAGCAACAACAACAACAGCAACAACAGCAAAGGAUUCAAGUGGAAACUGAUGAUAGCGAUAAUUACAGGACGCAGAGAGCACCAGAAGAGGAAAGUUAUCCUGACAGACCUAACGGGUACACGAGAGUACACGGUGAAAGUGGACCUGGUACCAAAACUUCGAUUCACGCUGUUUUAGACUACGACGAUGACUUCGACGAUUACUACGACGACAAAGAUUCGGAGAUACCGAGGGACGCUCACGUAACGCCCAUCCAAGGACCGAUUUUCGUGAAAAAUGGUUCGGUCCCUGUAGUACCGCUCUACUCUUAUCCUCAACUGAACAAUGGCACUUUCGUGCAGAUACCGAUACUUUGGACUGCGCUCUCCGUUGCUUUGGGUGUCGAGUUGAGGGGAGACUUGGUGCGCGGCGUACCUUGCAUUAAAAAGUAUCACCAACUGUUCUGCCCUACUGCCGGGAACACGUACCCGAUAGAACGGAUAGAACGUUUCAUCGAUGAGAACAAAGCGUUGAUGAAGAGAAUGUAUGGUGAUUUUGAGAUGAAUCCAAAGAGGGAGCCUAGCCACCGGACUCGUAGGAGAAGAAAAAGUCGAGAGGCUACGAAACACGACCUUCCCGACGGUGGACCCAGUCUGCUCGAUGAGGUCGACCCAGGAAUUGAGCCUGACGGUGAUUCGUUCUUUGCAAACGUGAGAAGAACCAGGAAUCCGAGACAAUCACCUGGGAAGAAUAGAAAUGAGAGUGGAAGAGUCGAUGCUUGCGAGUCUAAAGUGGAAAUUGUGACACCCUACUGGGCCAGCAACAGUGCUGGGAAGAUCCGUGCCAUCGUGAACACGCAACACUUUGAACAAGCGAUACAUCAAGAAGUUUGCUCAAAAACCCAGACGAACCGUUGCACGGGGGACUGCGGUUGCGAGCAGAAGUAUAAGUGGCACAGACUGCUCGCGUACGAUCCCGAUAACGAUUGCAGAGGUAUCUUCAUGGACUGGUUCCUCUUCCCCUCUUGCUGCGUCUGUAGAUGCGACCCCAUUCCUAACAAAUUUUCCCCGCCCAACAAUCGAAAUUGAAAUCGCUCCGUCGAUACUUGAACUCAGCAUUCCAAAACAAAUUGCAAUGUAAAUUGGUUUUCGAGAACGCGAGGAAAUUCUUCAAGCGUCGUUGAACGAAGAAAUUUUGUAUAGCGUUGCAGUCUUUAUAGGACUGCAUUUCUUAUUCGUUUAAUUAGUCAUUGAUAAGGUAUAGUAUAUGUAUAGAUUCAUACUUCGAAAUCCUACUUAUUUAUCACUUAUUAAACUUAUCUGUUCUGUUCCUCCGUACUUACUCAUCCACGUUCUUCCCACUUCUGUGUUUAAUUUAAGUAUGAGUAGUUAAGCAAACGUACGCCUUUAUUUGCUGUAAUUCCAAUCCCAACAAAGCCGAUAACUUAUUAAGCUAUUAUCGAUUACAUAACUUAAGUAAUUAAUUAAUUCCCCUUUCGUAUAUCACUAUUUGUUCUUCCCUAUACAUGAUAAGUUUACAGAGUAAAUUUCGAUGUACGUAAAAACUUGAUCCCACAGGUAAUAGUGUAUAAAUUAAAAUAUUUAUUAAGUUGCAGGUAAAAUCGUAGAGAAUAAAAUCUGUAUUCCUAUGUCUAGGUAGAAUAAAAUGUAAAUAUGCAAAAUAAUUAUUCGAUGCAGGUAAAGUGAUCGAAAAAUAAAUGAGUCACGAUAAGGUUUGAAAU